GCAAUAAUAAAUAAUUAUAGCCAUUUUGAGGAGUCUUUUGUUGGUGUUUUGUGAUGUUUUCAUGAUAAAACUGCAAUAAUUCAAUGAUUUAACACAAAAUUUAAUAGCAAUAAUUUAUAAAAACCAUAUUAGGUAGUAAAUCUGCAAUAAAUUUGCGUUGUUUUCAAUCUGUGAACAGUGCAUCAUCCUGACAGAGAACCGGAAAGGGACUCCAUCGUAUUUUUCUUAUUUUUGGAUGUACAAAGUGUACAAUGAUUUGUUGACCUAUUUUAAAGCAAUUAAUGGAAUAAGUGGUGGUUGUGUGUGAUUAUUAGCAUAUUUACGUUAACAAUUACGUCGCGUGCAUCCGUUUGCUACGUAAAACGAUCGCCACAAGAUGGCCGCCGUUGAUUGCUCGUUCCGCCGAAACCCGCUCGCGAGGUCCGAUGUGUCAUCCUGUGUCGGACGCCGUGCUUGAGACCGCCGAGACAUGCUGUGAGCCGGUGCCGGACGCCUCGGCAACGGAUUCCGGUCAGUCGCGGCGAGGUUCCAUAGCAUAAAAUGGAAUUUCAAUCGAGGCGCCAAAAUACGAUGGGUGUUGACAUAUCACAACCUCCGAAACCGUACCGUUACACAGUAGACGGCCGUACCAAAUAAUUGUGAAAGAAAAUGAGCGAGCCAGACGACGUCGGAAAAGAGGUGUGGAAGCGAUGGAUACUCGAGGCGAUACAAAAGAUACGAUCGCAGAAACAACGGCCGAGUGUGGAGCGGAUCUGUCACGCGAUCAGGCAGCACCACAACUAUCACGAGGACGUGGUGGCGGCGCGGCUGGAGGCGGCCGUGCGGGACGGCGCCGUGCUGAAGGUGUACAACAAGGGGCAGAGCUCGUAUAAGGACCCGGGCGGGCUGCAGAGCAAGACGCUGCGCAUCGCGGCGGACGCGGACGUGUCUCGCGCCGUGGCCAGGGCCGUGCGGGAGCUGGGCGAGCGCGACGGCUCGGGGCUCGGCGCCAUCGAGCGCCACCUGCGCCACGGGUACACGCUCGCCGUCGACCCCGGCGUCGACGUCAAAACAGUGCUCCGAUCCGCUGCCAAGCGAGGAGUGACCCGCGGACUGCUAGUGAACUGUGGAGGACUGUACAAGUCCACGAAUGUGCCUCUAACCUCAACCGAAAAGACUCCUAAGAAAGUGAAAGACUCUGUGGAGAAGAAGCAGAAAGAAGUGGUUGGUGUGCCCGUGUGUGCGGAGUGCCUCGGGACCAACGAACAGAACAAGGCCGGGGAGGCGGAGGCUCUGAUCUGCUGUCGGCAGUGCAAGUCGUACGCACACCCCUCUUGUGUUGACAUUUUGGACCACAUUACUCAGACAACUCUUAAGGCCCUUCGCUGGUCGUGCGGCUGCGGAGCCCGCUGCGCGUGCGGCGCGGGCGGCUGGGCGGCGCGCUGCGCGGGCUGCCCGGCGGCGAGGCACCCGCGCUGCGGCGCGCUGCCGUGGCGCUGCCAGCCCUGCGCGGAGCGCCGGCAGGACAGGUCGAAGAUGGGCGGCGCGCGCGCGCGGGCUGCGGCGGCGGCGGACUCGGACUCCCCGGCGGACGGUAAUGCGCCGCGACCCAUCGAGUCCGAACAGAGAAUGUCCAAGGAGAAACAAAAGUUUUUCAGAUUCUCCGCCUUCAAUUUAGUGAAGCGGCGCUGCCGUCGCGCCAGCUGGGGCGGGGUGAAGGUGACGCGGGCGCCGGCGGCGAGUGACAGCGCGAGCUCGAGCGAGGAGGAGCGCGCGCCGCCCGCCACCGUGUUCGAGAGGAUCGCCGCCGACACCGCGCCCGGGCCCUGGGGGUUCGCCGGCAUCGCGGCACAGGCGCGGCUCGACCCGCCCGUCCCUGCACCCGCUGAGGCACCCGCCCUAGAGACACCGCCGACCCCGCGCCGCCCGGAGAUACAGGACAGACAGAGGAUAGCUCGGCGGAGGUCGCGCUGCGGCGAGCGGCUGCUCACGACACUGUUCGACGGACUGUCCGAGUUCUACGCGGUGCGCAACACGUCGCGCUCGCAGUCGCGGCCGCGCGCGCCCCGCGAGCCGAGAGAGACACGCGAAGAGCGUGAACAUACCCGGGAAGUGCUAAAAGAGACGCGCAGCACCUACAAGCAGUACCAGGCCUCGCUGGUCAAACCAGAGAAGCGCAGCACUAGCCGCAGCCCCAACUAUUUCAAGUCCAAGAGAAAACUGCAGACGUACAGUCCGGAGAGAGACUUGUUUGAUAGCAAACCGGAUAGAGAGGAGUCGUUGGACGGGCUGGUUCUGUCGGCGUCGGCGCUGGUGCGGGCGGCGGCGCGCGCGCGGGGCCCGCGGGGCGCGGGGGUGAAGCUGCCGCGGGGGGAGGGGGGGAGCGCCGGCCGCCUAGACAACAAGCGUCUCCCAGCCGGCGUGACGGAGGCAGACGCAGAGCUGUUCAACCAGGCGCGGAGCGAGGCCGAGGCCUUAUCCCCUGAAGCGCCAUUAGUGCCGGUGGCGCCGCUGCCCCCGCCCCCCGCGGCCCCCGGCGCGGCCCCCGCCCCCGCGGCCCCCGCCGCCAGGUGCCCCUCCGCCAUAGAGUUCGGGCAGUGGGAGAUUGAUACGUGGUACUCUAGUCCGUUCCCGCAGGAGUAUGCUAGAUUACCCAAGUUAUUCCUCUGCGAAUUCUGCCUGAAGUACGCGAAGAGCCGAGCGGUAUUAAUGCGGCACCUGGACAAGUGUCUGUGGCGCCACCCGCCGGCCACCGAGAUCUACCGACGGGGAGAUAUCUCGGUGUUUGAAGUAGACGGCAACGCCAACAAGAUAUACUGCCAGAACCUGUGCCUACUAGCCAAGCUGUUCCUCGACCAUAAAACGUUGUACUACGAUGUAGAACCUUUCCUGUUCUAUGUGCUGACGAAAAAUGACAAUAAAGGGUGCCAUUUAGUCGGAUAUUUUUCGAAAGAGAAGCAUUGUCAGCAGAAGUAUAAUGUGUCGUGUAUAAUGACGAUGCCGCAGUACCAGAGGCAAGGGUUCGGACGGUUCCUCAUCCAUUUUAGUUAUUUACUAUCAAAGGAAGAGGGGCAGCCGGGCACGCCAGAAAAGCCUUUGUCAGAUCUCGGGAGAGUUUCAUAUCAUGCGUACUGGAAGUCAGUGAUAUUGGAAUAUUUAGACGAAGUCCGAAAUAAGCCUUUUACCUUCGAAGACAUAGCGCAAGUCACUGGCAUGCACAUGAACGACAUAGCUCUAACUUUCCAGUUGCUAGGCUUUGUCAGAUUCCUGCCGAGUGAAGACUCAGUGAAAUUAGGCCUCUGUAUAGACUGGAAUAAGGUUGACAAUCACAUGAAGAGGCUGAGAAGUAAACCGAGAUUAGAAAUAGACCCUGAAUGCUUGAGGUGGACGCCUUUAGAGCCUAUAAAUAAUCCGUUUAGAUCUCCUGAAGAGAACACGACUGCUUCUGGCGACCAGGACACUGAGGCUGAAGAAGCAGAAAAGACAGAGAGUGAGGGCGCGGCCACCGAGCCCGAGGCAUCCACGCCCCGCGCCGACACCGCCGCCGCCGCUAAAGAAGACAAAGACGACGAAGAAACACCCGUAGAAAUAACCUCCUCAGGCAGAAGAAGAACGAGACCGGCCAAGUACAGCGAGACAACCUACCAGACUCCUGCCACUGCCGACGUCACACGCAAGAGACGCCGAGACGCUAAGAUCUCGGAAACUGCACCGGAGAAGGAGGAAGAAACUCCGCGAAGACAAAGGAGUAGAAGCGUCGCGAGGAAAGCGACGAAAGACUUACAGAAUGAGAUUACUGACGAGCCCAAGACUCCCAGAAAUAGGAGACAGAGCGUUAAAGAGCCUGUUUAUGCCUCGGACAGUCAGGAAGAGAGCGCGGAUACCAGUGCAGCCAUCACUCCCGUGGUUAACACGGUGAAAGCUCGAGGCAAAAGAAAAAUGGUCUGGAAAUGGAAGGGACGACGGAAACGGCAAAGGGUUAACAAAGUUAGUAAGUCCCCGCGCGCCAGCUCGCCUGAAGCUAAGAAGGCUAAAGUGGACAGCAAAGCCGAUGCAUACGAAUACAAGUCAGAAGACUCCAUGGAAGAACCCGAUAAAACCGAGGCAAGCUCCAUCGAAGAUAAUCCAUCACCAAAGAGUCAAGUUGAUGAAGCAACUGACAAAAAGGCGGCGUCUGACGUCAGUUCUGAAGACUCCUCCGGCGAGGCUGAUGAUGAGAUGGAUGUGGAAGAGGGAGACGACAAGAAGGCAGCCGUCACUAAACCACCAACGCCGAAAAUUAUUGAAGAGAACAGCACCGACCAUCAUACCAGCGAUAUGGAGCUGGAUAGUAUCCACAUGGACUCACCAAAGUCUAUCGCUGAAAAGGACCAAGUGAUCAAAGAAACUGCGUCGGAUAAACCUGAAGUAGAGCCCGAAACUGUUGAAAAUAGCACAGAAAACCAAAUUAAACCUGUUGAAAGUAAAGUAGAUAAUGUAACAAAGGACCAAGUAGAGGAAAAUAAAAAGCCUGAAGUUAAAAACGGCGAAAUGAAAUCGCCACAAAAACCUGUGCUUGAUGAUAAAGAAACUAUUAUUAUAUCGGAAUCGGAUGACAAUAACAGCCAAAGUUGCCCUCUACCUUCACCUAAGCCCAACACCACAGUGCCUAUACAACAGAAUAGCGAUAAUAAACCUAAAGAGGUGCAAGAAAAUGAAAGUCCGUCCAAAGUAAUACCGGUGGUAUCUACAGAGAACGCUCACAUAGUGCUGGACGCUAAAGGACAUGAUGACGUCAGCACCGGACCUUCAGAGUUGAAUAUUCCAAAAAUACCACAAAUAGUAACUAUAGUUGUUGAAGGCGAAUCCGAUACAGGAAACUCUCCUCUCUACAAUAUAUCUCCAAAGAAAACCGAUAAGACUGUCAUCAGUGAAUCGCCAAAGCAAAAGAAAUCACCCACAAAGUUUCCCGAAUUGAGUCCCGAAAAGAGUAAGACGGAAAUGAGAAAAGAAACUGUAAUACAACAUCAAAAUGUCGACGAGAGACUGGCGGAGAAGAAAUCUCCGACUAAAGCUGACUCCAUCAUUCAGAACUUAGAUCUACAGAGGGAACUAGCAAAUAGCAUCCAAAAGCCUGAGCUGCCCAAACAAGAUGGAUUUCCCGACACCGACAACAGAAACAGAAUACCUCCUCCCAUGAACAAGGAGGUUGAACAAACAUACAGAACUGACCACAACAUGCCCAGAAAAGACGAGGUCAUCACUAGAAAUAUAAUCGAACCACACAUGCAAGCUUACCAGAACCCAGUGAGCAACUCUAUGACUAUCCAUCAAAUAAGCACAGCUCAACAUUCCUAUUUGAAUCACCGAGCGAAUAUAAGCAAAGAGUCUCAAGGUGUGCAAACUGAAAAAGUGAUGAAGCAGAGUGAUAUUAACAGGGUUAACCACCUGCCUGAUCCUGCCCCAGUGAUAAACAAGUCUGCGACGAAACUCGAAGUGCCUAACCCUAUUACCUCACCAGUGAUCAACCCUGUGAUUCCUAAACUGCCGACAGUGACUGAUGUGAACUAUAUGCCUAGGUGUCAGAGUGCUCACGCCACCGUUGGCAUGGAAAGAAACGAUCUAGACCCUUCGUACGGUAACCACACGGUGCAGAAUCCUCUAAGCAGUCCCAUGGGAUCGUUAGAUGGUAAGAACGACUUAAAACCGCGGGAGAAGAGUAAGCUACGCGAUGUGAGGGUGAACUCUGCACACAGUAAAUUGGAGAAGACGGAUACUAUAAAGAAGCCGGGGAAAAACGACACGCCGAGAAGCACGCCGGAGCCCAAGACGUUUUUUCCGGAACAAUCACACUCGGCGCCUCCACCCCAGCACCACACGCACACUCACACCAACGCUCACGCCAAUGCUCAUACCAACGCGCAUACCAACGCACACGCCAACACUCACGCCAAUGCACACACCCCUCAACCGAGGAAGCCAGAGACGUCGGUCCCUAUAAACGUGAUUAACACCGUCAACAUCACCAGCAAAGUGGAACCAAAGGUCAACGAGGCGCCUAAAAAGCAAGAUUUCUUCGAAAAGAAGAAAGCGAACGCUAAAUGCGAGAACAAGUCAACAGCCAAACACGACAAGAACUGUGCGGCGCAACUCAAAGCAGACCAGAAUGAGCUGAACAAAAUGAUGCCAAAGUUCAAGUACGAUAACGAGUUUGUCCCCAAAACGGACCACACGUUCAACCAGAUUCCUAACUACCAUACGACGCAUGCGCAGUACCAGUGGCCGCCGCCCUGGGACCCCACGCGCCUGCAGACAACCUGGGACCACAGCCGCUUCCUCGACAUGAAGAAUACUGAUAAAAACUACAUGGAUAAGUUCCAAGGCUUCAACUUACCACACUUGGACCAGAUGCAGAAAUCUCCCCAGAAGCUGCAUCCAAAAUACGAUCAGAAGGACUUUCAUAACAUAGCGUAUGGGGCCUUAUCUGGCGGCAUUUAUGCUACGACCGCGCUGCCGCAUUUCAAAGAAACUAAAGCACCCACAUCCAAAGCCUCAGAAUGCUCGCAGAAGAACGAGUGCAAGCCCACCAAACAGUCGAAAACCACGACGGGCUGCCAAACGCAAUGCGACAACAAGAAGUCGCAAUCACAGAACACAGAGCACAUGAAACACCAGCAGAUGAUGCAGCGGCAAGUCAACAAGCAACAGGAAGUCGCUACAAGCUGCGCCGAGUACCGUCAGCAGAGUCCGCAGAUCUUAUCGUCUCCGGGCUGCAAACCGUACAACAACGGGCCGUGCGACCAGAAGGAGAUUGAGAAGAAAUCGCGACAAACGAAAAAGGAGGAAGCUAAAGAGAGUAGUAAAGAAGAGAUGUGCGAAGCUGUGAGUCCGGCUUUACAAUCUAUGGGGGUGUAUACUCCGGAUUCCACGUCGAACUCUGUCCACUCGGUUCAAUACCCUGCUUGUGAGUUGGACGUGAGUCAGCUGGGGCUGGAGUCUCCUACCAGCAUAGGCUCGGACAUGGCGUCCCCGUGCUCUAUGAUGCACAUGCACCCGGCGCCGAGCCCGCAGUACCCGCACUCGUCCAUACACAUCCCGUCCAUCAUGAGCCAGCCCAACCAGCCGCCCAAACAGAAGAACAUCAAUAAUAGGAAUCGCAACAACAACCAGAACGCGAACGCGGCGACGUCGGCGGCGCACGAGAGCAAGGCGGCGGCCAUGCGCGCCACGCCGCCCGCCCGCGCGCGCGCCACCCCGCCCGCCCACCAGACUCACGCGGGCGCAGGCGUGAUGACCUCCUCGGCCGGCUACCAGGGCGGCUACCUGUCGUUCCAGCAGCAGCAGCAGUACUCGGGCGGCUGGGCGCCGUCCUGCUCGCUGGCCAAGCUGCAGCAGAUGGCGGAGGCGCCGGCCACGCACCCGCCCACGCCGCCCGCGCCGCAGUUGGACGAACUAACGUAUAUUCAGUACGGCCAGCAGGUGCCGGCCGGCGGCUACAAGUACUACCCGCACAACCAGCUCGACGCGUCGCGCAACACCCGGAAUUCCACGAGCAACCUGAGUCCGAUGCAGCACAUGCAGAUGGGCGCCGGCUCGCGCAUGUCGCCCAACCUGAACACGCACAUCAUCACGCACAACAUCAGCCAGUACGGGCUCAACGGCUACCGGGUGCCGCCGCAGCAGCAGUUCAACAACCUGCCCGUGCAGAUGAUGAACGUCCAGCCGGGAGUCCAGUACCCCGGAGCUGACCCCCGCGCCCAGCAACCCAACGUCUACGCCUACACUGGCUACAUCAACCCCCCGCCCCCCCUCGCCAUGCCCACCCUCAACUCGACCAUGCGCCGGUAGCCAAGGCCCAAGUGAACAGUGUACUCAGUGCGUGAACGGUCCCGAUUCACUGUUUUCUAAAACUUGACCAAAAAUACUAUGAUGUGUAAAAAUAGUGUAAGAGAUUUUAAGUACAAAACGUAAAGCUUGCUAGGUUAGUCUGUAUAUAAACGUUGUAGUUAUGUGUACACGUCGGUGAUGCCUUAUUCUCUUUUGCACCAGUCGAGUAAGUUCUACUUAAAUGUUUUUUCGUUAUACAGUAAUUUAGUAUGUCGGUAAUUUUGUCGUUUUCCUUUUGUAUCAUAAUAAUUAUGUGUAUGUAAUAUUUUUCUGUUACGAUUUUAAUGGUACCCAAUACAGACGCUGAAUAAAGUACAAAAGUUAUCGUAAUUUGUAUUUGUAAAGUAAUGAAAUGAUAAUAAUCUUGUCAUCAAAAGUAGCAUAAUUUAUAGUGCAAUAAAAUAUAUCGAAUAGAUUUUUGGCAUGUUUAUAAAACCCGUGUGUAAUGUAUUGGACGGUACUGUGAUAAUCUAUCGAUUGAUCAGUGGCUAUUAGGCAAGUUGACUUUGACUAAUUUUAUAUUUUUUCCAAAGAUAAAUAUGUCUUGAGUCUUUGGGCGUAUUGAGAGCGCGUGCAAUGUGACUGCUUAUGUUCCAUGUUGUAGUAAUUUGUCUCUUUUUAUAUGUAUAUUCUGUUUUCGCUCGGAGGACCAUUGAGGUAGCCUGCUGUAUGAAUGUUGUAAGAUUGUUUUUAUCGUUUAAAAUACGUUCUCAAAGUGCCUCUCUGUCGGGUGGUUUGUGUAAGAUAUUGUAAAUGUUCGCUUUUAACUACAAGACCGCUGUACAUACAAUUUUCUAUAGUUUUUAUUUGAUUGUGAUAGUUUCUUAGGACGAGGUCGUAUAGCGAUUUAAUAUGGCCUAAAUGACAGUGUUUUUACUUUUAUUAUUAAUUUUACACAUUUAAAUGUAGGUGUUUUAUUAUAGUUUCCGUAUGUUAACGCUUCGCUUUAGGUUAUGUUCGUUUUAUCUGAGUAAUUUAUUCCCUGAAGUUGUAUCACAUUGUUUGAGGUUUAUGUUUCAUAGGUCUGUGAAGACCCAGUGUCCCUCCCUUUCAGUAACUGAAUCAGUAUCGUAAUUUAUUAUAAGAUCUGCUCGUUUAAGGUUAUCAAUGUUAUUUGUUACUAAUGUGUAGUAUAAAAUAUUGUAAAUACAAUAAGGAACUUGUAGCAGGUGUUAUUACACAAAAUAUAAUUUUGUGAAAAAAAUUA